UGAAACUCAUUCCCACUGGUUAUGGCUCUGCUAUAACCUUGUUUGUCGAAAUUUAGUUACAUUCUCGUACUCACAUAUACAAUGGGAACAGCUCACAGUAGUCACACUAACCUUGGAAGCGAAUGCACGUCUUAUGAUGCCGGUGCCACCGGUAGCAUAGCACGUUGGGGGAAAUCAUUUGAAGUUUCCAUGGGCCAUAACAAAGAAAACGACAACACAGAUGUUUGGGGUGUGAAAUACAAAACAUGUCAGAAAAAGAACACGUGUGGUUUUAAUCUGAAGGCAAGCCGUGACAGCAACGGUGUGGAGAGCAUACAUUUCGGACUAGGUGACUUUGGCGACAACAAAACCGAAUUCGCGGUGAAAAUCACGAGGGUUAGUCGUGAUGGUCUCCGAGGAGGGAUAAGCGGAAUCGAUUCUUGUAAUGCUCCGGUGUCCUUCACGAGGGCGAAACAAGAUCACACAAUAGAGACAACCUUGGUCGCAUACGGUUGUUCCUUCAGAGAGGGUCUUUUUGUUUUGGAGAUGAAGAAAAAGGUUAACAGUGAGCAUGCUUAUAUGGUGAACAUGGCACACUAUUAUAUUACGAAAGAUGUCGGUCUUUCUGUUGAGGCCAAAAUUCUUCGCAGGAAAAGUUGUUUCUGUGUUGAAGUGGAAGGUCCUUUCAAGCAUCCCAGUGAGGAGUUACGUAAGGUCAUUGUCAAAACGCGUAGAACCGGGAUUUGGUCGCGUAGUGCUUGUUCUCAUUGUAACGCUGCAAAACUUAGUAGCAGUGAUGGUGGAAAGAGUGGAGAAUCCAAGUCAUCUUUGAAAGCUGAACCAAGUUCACAGAAGGGGCAUGAUAUAGUAGGUCAAAUUUCUAAUCAUGCUUUCUCCAGCAGUAUCAAGGAACAGUACAACAAAGGCCUUAUCAAUUCAACUGGAUACACAUCAGAUGUACAAGAUUAUUGGAUUUCAUACAAAUCUUGGAACAGAGGCUAA